GGAGAUGAUUGUAAUGGUGCGUAAAAUAAGAAGAAAACUCGCGGCAGUUGCAGACGGAAGAAGGAAAAGAAAGGAAAGUUUUGUCUUCUCCGGGAAACUGCUGUUUAAGCUGUCUCCAUAUCUGCCACACCAGACCAUACCACAGCUGACGCACGCACAGACGCAGUGCACGGCCUCACACUCUCAAGUCUCUAUCCUAUCCAAUCCCUUUCCAUAAUUACUCUUAAAUCCACUCCAAUACAUCCAAAAAAUUUAAGCCCUCAUUUAUUUUUUGUUUUGUGUAUCAUCUCCGAUUUUUUCAAUCAAUCUCUCUCUACUGGCGGUGGUGGUGAUUUUGGGGCAUGGCGCUUCCUGCGGCUGUUGUCAUCGUGCCAUUGGGACUUCUGUUCUUCUCGUAUGGCCUUAUUAUUAAUCUCAUUCAGGCUAUCUGCUUUGUCCUUAUUCGGCCAUUGUCUAAGAACACAUACAGAACGAUUAAUCGAGCUUUGGCGGAGUUGUUGUGGCUGGAUCUUGUAUGGGUUUUUGAUUGGUGGGCUGGAGUUAAGGUUCAAUUGUUUACAGAUCAGGAGACUCUCCAUUUAUUGGGCAAAGAACAUGCACUUGUCAUGUCCAACCACAGAAGUGACAUUGAUUGGCUUGUUGGAUGGGUUUUGGCUCAGAGGGCAGGAUGCCUUGGCAGUGCAAUAGCUGUCAUGAAGAAAUCAUCAAAAGUCCUUCCGGUAAUAGGUUGGUCCAUGUGGUUUUCUGAAUACCUCUUUCUGGAAAGAAGUUGGGCCAAGGAUGAAAACACUUUAAAGUCAGGUCUCCAACGGCUAAAAGAUUUCCCUCGACCAUUUUGGUUGGCUCUUUUUGUUGAAGGAACGCGUUUUACACAGGCAAAGCUUUUAGCAGCUCAGGAAUAUGCAGCCUCAGAAGGGCUCCCUAUUCCUAGGAAUGUUUUGAUUCCUCGUACUAAGGGUUUUGUUUCAGCAGUGAGUAAUAUGCGCUCAUUUGUUCCAGCCGUUUAUGAUGUUACAUUAGCCAUCCCCAAAAGUUCGCCUCAACCUACAAUGCUCAGGCUCUUCAAGGGUCAAUCCUCAGUGGUGCAUGUACACUUGAAACGGCAUUUGAUGACAGAUCUACCUGAAUCAGAUGAUGCUGUUGCGCAAUGGUGUAGAGAUAUUUUUGUUGCAAAGGAUGCAUUAUUGGACAAGCAUAACACUGAAGACACAUUCAGUGACCAAGAAUUGCAGGACAUUGGCCGACCAAUUAAGUCUCUUGUGGUUGUUACGUCCUGGGCAUGCUUGCUUGUUUUUGGGGUCUUGAAGUUCCUCCAGUGGUCUUCACUUAUGUCCUCGUGGAAGGGUAUUGCGAUAUCGUCAUCCGCACUGGCUGUCAUUACUGUCCUUAUGCAGAUAUUGAUUCGAUUUAGUCAGUCAGAGCAUUCGACACCUGCCAAGGUUGUCCCAGCAAAGCCCAAGAAUGCAGGAGAGCCAUCAGAAACAGGACAAGACAAACAACAUUAAGUCACAUUCUGUUAGUUAAAUCUCACACAUAGCAAUAACUUAAUCAAAUGCCUUUUUGUGAUGAUACAUUUAGUGUCUCCCUCUCUGUAAAACUUGUAUGUUUUCAUUUUAGGGUAGUAUGAACAGUUAUGUCUUUAAUUUUGUGAGUUGCACAUAUUGUAUGCAUGUCAGUUCAUUUUUGUCCAGUCAAUUAGGUUCAUUCUGUACAUUGUAUCAACAGUGGCUCUAGCAUGUAUGUAUCAGUGCUCUGAUUAGGGCUA